AUGGCAUCGUUAACCCAGACAAACGGCCAUGAGGCCGUGACUGCUAUCAGCACACAUGCACACAUUGCCAAGAACAACCUUCUCACCCUCGCACGAGAAAACAAGAUUUGCACCGCUUUCGGAAUCAAGAUCAUCCCCGGCGGCGAGAUCGUCCAGAUUGCUAAGUCAGCUGGUUACGAUUCGCUCUUCAUUGAUCUGGAGCAUACAACGCUCACCAUGCGCGAUGCUGGCCAGCUGUGCAUCGCCGCCAACUCGGCCGGGAUCACACCUUUCGUGCGCGUUCCCCACGAAUGCGGCCGCGGCUUCAUGCAGCGCGUCCUUGAUGCCGGAGCCAUGGGCAUCAUUGUGCCGCACAUUCACGGUGUCGAGGACGCCCGACGCGUUAUUGACGUUGCAAAGUACCCACCCGUCGGCCAUCGUUCCAUCAGCGCCGGUUUCCCGCAGUUCGAGUACGCGCCUCUCCCUGCGCACAUCAUCCAAUCGGAGAUGAACGCUACUGGGUCGGUGGUCUUCAUCAUGAUUGAGACCGCUGAUGCGCUUGAGGCUGUGGAAGACAUUGCUGCUCUGCCGGGAUGCGAUGUGUUACUUGUCGGGUCAAAUGACUUGGCCUGCGAGAUUGGAACCUUGCCUGACUGGGACCACAAGGAUUUUAUUGGAGCCUUGAGACGCGUCGGUGCGGCAGCAAAGGCUCACGGCAAGAUGAUGGGCAUCGCCGGACUUUACCAUCGUCCAGAUAUUCUGACCCAGGUGAUCAAUGAGUUUGGGGCUAGGUGGAUUGUGGGUGCUCAGGAUGUCGGUCUUCUGACGGCAGGGGGGAGACAGAACUCGGAUCUGUUAAGGACACUGCAGGCUUAA